AUGGAUCCUCGGAGGAGGAAGCGACGUCGGUCAGACGAUGAAAGCAAACCAGAGGUUGUGUUUCUUGAGUCGCGGGCAUUGCAUCCCAUCCAGCGAAGUUCAAUUACGCCCACUGAGGGCUUGACAUUACCCCCAAUUCUCUCGCCAUGGAUCAACCAUUCGUCAACGGAGAUGUUGUCACCAAUCGUCACGGAUCCCCAAUACUGGGUCGGGACAGACUUUCCCUUGUUUAACCCGUUGGAAAACUCGUAUGCUCUACACAGUGCAGUUCAGAUCAACAAUACAACUCUACAAGCUUCGUCUUCAGGUGCUCCAACAACCAUAAACGAGACCACGAACCUAUUUAGACAACAGGGCGAGCUUACUUUACCAGAGGAUACUCCUCAAUACACUCCGAUGUUAUUCGAUCGGCAACAGACCAGGGGACCGACUUUCGAGACAAUGGAAGGCGUAUCCAGUGAAAGCUACUAUGUGGAAGGAUCCCCCGUCAACUCCAGCGCCGAGAUUGACAACACACAGAGGUCGACAAGGUCCUCCUCAGCAAGUAAGAUCGAGGUCGGGGCUGCAGAGGAUCUCGUGUGCUAUGGCAUGGUGGUCGGGUUCCAUGGAAAUUAUACCAAGCCUAGUUGGCAGCAAGACCAGGGUGAAUUUCCUGUGACCAUCGAGUCGAGUCACAAAUUCACCGCUGCUUCAAACACCGACCUUCAUGGCACAUUCUCUUCAGAAUUCGUUGACAUCAUGGAAGCGCUGCUAGAUGUACCUAGCCUGAAAUUCCAGGCCACCUGCACCGUCGACGAUAUUCCUUCUCAGUCUGCCAUGAAGACGUCACGACUUGGGCCAGUAUCGGUGCCGUGUGCACUUUCAGUCAUUGUUUAUGGGCCAAGAGACAUGUGCGAGAAUGUAGGAGACUUCUUUCAAGAUAUCGACAUGUACUUGCAAGACCCCAAACGCUGUGACUUGGACGUCAAGUACUGCAAUCCCCAUCGUCUCUCAUCGCUCAAUAUCGAUGAGUGUCCGAUGACGUCUGACCUAGCUGCAAGUGUUAUGCACCUUGAUACCGCUCUCUUUGAGGACGUAUCUCGUGAGACUGGCCUCCUGGACAUCUUUGACUCAAGCCAAAACUUGCCUGAAACCCCUCAACCACAAGCAAUCCUCUCUUGCCUUAAGAAGCACCAAAAACAGGCAUUGACGUUUCUGCUGCAACGAGAAGCUGGCUGGAACUUGGACCCUCGCUCAGCCGACUUCUGGGACCUAAGACAAACAAGUCAAGCAAUAUGCUUCAUCAACAGGAUUUCUAAAUCAUGCCAUUCUAAUGAACCUCCCGAGUUUCGCGGCGGCAUCGUUGCUGAUCCCAUGGGUCUGGGUAAAACAUUGACCAUGAUUUCCCUGAUAGCAACGGACAAAGGCCAAGUUGUCCACAACCAAAUCUCGCCUAUUUCUACUUUGAGAUCCAUGCCAUCACUGAUUCUCGUCCCGCCACCCCUUCUCGACACUUGGGAGGAACAGUUAUCCCAGCACGUUAAACGAGGCGAAAUUACCUGGCGACGCCACUAUGGAAAGGAGAGGCUCAGCGAAACAGACCACUUGACUCAGUGGGAUAUUAUCUUAUCAACGUAUCAUACUGUAACUGCAGACUGGGGUGGCGGACAAAGAGCCGGGAGCAGCACUGUCUUCUCUACUAUGUGGAAGCGGAUUAUCCUAGAUGAAGCCCAUGUGAUCCGAAACACACAAUCCCAAAUGUCCAAGGCUGUAUGUGCCCUCGAUGCCGCGGCGAGAUGGGCGGUCACCGGCACGCCAGUCCAAAAUCGCAUCGGGGACCUCGCAGCUCUCUUAAAAUUUAUCCGAGCGCAUCCCUACGACGAAGCCAAGCGCUUUGAGUCGGAUAUUGGACAGAUGUGGAAGACCGGGGAUAUCCAGGAGGCGGCCAGAAGACUCAAGGAUCUUUCCAGCGGCUUGAUUCUCCGACGUCCAAAGACAGUCAUUGAUCUUCCCCCAAGGAAGGAUCUGAAAUUUCGAGUGGAUUUCAGUCCUGAUGAAAGGAAGUUCUACGACAAGUUGAGGCAUCAAGCCAUUACCAGAAUGGAGGAAGCCUUCAGCGACGGGGACGGUGGAUCAGCAUCAGACUCAUACAUCACAGUCAUCCAGAAGAUCAAUGCCCUGCGCAUGGUAUGCAACUUGGGUCUACACUAUGACGCCAGACACGACCUAGCAGCCAAGGAAGAGUCCGCCAACCACUCCAAGGAUUGGUCUACUAACGUACAACAAACUUUUGACUUUCAGAGGGAGAUGGACUCGGUUCAAUGCUCAAACUGCCACGCUUCGUGUGACAUGAUGGCUACGACCCUCGACACGGAGUCACUGGUCCAGCCAUACUUCGCAAGCUGCCUGUCAUUUCUAUGCAGUGAUUGCGUCCAGAGGUGGAAGAGACUGAACAAACCUAUCACAUGCCCACACGGCUCAUCUCAUCCCAUUGCACCCGUCAACUUGAAUUGGACAGCUUUGGAAGAGAGCCUCCGGUCGAGUGGCAAUAGUGGUGUGACCUCAACUACCCCAACACAACUUUCAAGCAAAGUCACGGCUUUAGUUUCGCAACUUGGAAGCCUCCCCGCAGGAGUUAAAAGCGUGGUCUUCACAAGCUGGAGAAUGACUCUGGAUCUUGUCGCCAUUGGAUUAGAUCAAGCGCGCAUACGCUACGUGCGGUUUGAUGGAAACGUUCCUCAGAAGCAGAGGUCUUCUGUGAUCGAAACAUUCAAGAAAGACCCGUCGGUCACGGUGUUUCUCCUGACCCUUUCCUGUGGUGCAGUUGGGUGGGCUUUUGUCCCUUGUAUCAAGCGUCAUCCAACUAACGUCUGUCCUCACAGAUUAACACUCACCGAAGCAUCUCGAGCCUUUCUCAUCGAACCACACUGGAACCCAACUCUUGAGGAACAGGCCUUAGCCAGAGUUCACAGACUCGGCCAACAGAGGGAAGUUACCACGGUUCGAUUUUUCGUGAAGGACACAUUUGAAGAGCGAGUUUUGGAUGUUCAAAAGUCAAAGAAGAAGUUAGAGGAGGUUUUGUUAGUCCCAAAAGGCGAACGAGGACUAGAUGACAGCCUUAGUUGCCUCGAGGGCCUUCGGUCUCUUGUCUAG